AUGGGUGACAACCUCAUACGUAUCAACAUCAAUGGUCAUUUGUCAACUGAAGUGGCGAAACUUCGUGGCUUAAAGCAAGGGGAACCUCUCUCUCCUGUACUGUACAACUUGGCAUUUGAACCUUUUCUGCUUGCAAUCCUGCAUGAUCGUCAAUUUCAAGGCUACUUGAUGGGUACUGAACGAACAAAACUCCUGUGCUAUGCUGAUGACGCUUUGGUGUUUAUCCAUGACUCCAAUGAUUUGACUCGGUUACAGCUCCAUAUGGCUCGUUACUGUGCUGCCUCCAACGCCAAGUUCAAUAAUGCCAAGGUGGAAGCCUUUUCAAUGUCUGGUCGGGAUACGAGGGAUAUGUGGGAGGGUUCAUUAUCUCAAAUGGGCAUCACACAUCUCCAUUCUGUUGAGGACGGUGAACCGUUAACCUAUCUGGGAUUUCCCCUCGUCCAAAGUAGGAUACAGCGUGUUCAUUUUAUGGGUGCUUUGGUAACCAAGAUCAAAACUGCCAUCCAGAUUCAUUCUGGUCGCUCCUUGUCGGUCGUUGGAAAGGCUACAAUGCUGAACUCUCUUUUGCUGUCCAAGCUAUGGUACAUCCUGCGUGUUACGCCUUUGACUCAAGCUGAUUUCAAGCAGCUGCGCUUUCUGGCUCUUCAGUUCUUGAGAAGAAACAUCUUCCUCGUCAUCCCUUGGAAGGUGUGGACUCUACCAAAGGACAAAGGUGGUCUCGGUGUUGUAGACAUCCAAAUACAAGCUUCGGCUUUGUAUUUUCGUUGGCUUCACCCACUACUGGUUCAAGAUCAAGAUGUCAUUGAUUCCCAUCCUGUGUUGUACCUCUUAAGCUACCACAUCUGCAAUGUCAAUGGUUAUCCCUACCAUCAAAUCCCGCUGCUAUUUCCCUCUGCUCGGCGCACCAAGGGGUUGAAAAAGCAACGCACGGGAACUGUCGAUAUGUUAUAUCGAGCAGUUGACUACCUUCCCAAGUCGUUUGAUGCGGCUUUCUAUGUUCCUCCAUCCUCCUCACUGGUUGUUCCUCUUAAAGUCAAAGAGAUGAUGUUUUCUGAUGUAUUUCAGUACGAUGCCCGACUUAACUUUGUACAUUGGAAAGACACUUGUGACCCUUCCCUCCUCAGUUGGAAGCGAGCCCGUUCAACAGUGUUCAGAGGCCUCGCAUCUGGCACUCUUAAAUUCCAGCCCUACUUUCUCCCAGUGUAUAACCCAGCCCCCCUUGUGGAUCCUGGAGUCUCUUUUGCACCGCUGGUGGAUCAAUUUUGUCUGCACGAUGGCCAACCCCUUGGAAAUGCUCAAGCUUCGGCCAAAACAUCUCGUCUGUCUGUGCUGUCGUCGAUGGAACAACCCUUGGUCUUGCAGAAUAUCUCUGCUUCUCAUUGGAAAUUCUUUUGGUCCCUGUCUCUUACCUACAUUCAACGUAAUGUGAUAUAUCGGCUCAUCACAGGCUGUAUCCCUUCUCGAAGCAGAUUACACUACAUGAUGCCUGGAGUCUUCGAGUCUCACAAUUGUUCUGUCUGCUUGUCUCCCAAUGAAACUGCCAGCCACCUGCUCUUUGACUGUCCAUCCAAAGAAAAGGUAUGGCAAGGCGUCAUUUUUGAAUUCCUAUGGCCCACCACGUCCAUCACUGACAUCAAAGAGGCUCUUCUGUCCCUGAACUUUUCGGAUAUCUGGUACUCCCAAGUCAAAGGCAUCCAUCCAUACAGAGUCCUACUCAUCACCCUGUCUCAAAUAUGGCUAGCCCAGAUGCGCUUUGUUUUUGACAACAUCAUCCUUGUCCCUGAGGCAAUUCUGGUGAAUAUCCGCUCUACUGUUCGCCAGACAGUGGAUGAGGAUCAAAUCCACUCCCUCUUGUAG